AUGGACCACAUACCUUCUCCCCCCAAGUCGUACAAAGGGAAUACGGAACUACUGAUCUGGGUCAACCUGUUCACUGGUUAUGUGAUGGCCAAAGCUAGUGCUUCACGGACGGCCCAAAUGGUAGCCGAGGGAUAUGAAGAAUGUGUCUUUUACCGUUUUGAACCCAGUGAGGCGAUCCGUCACGAUCGGGAACCGGGUUUUAUGUUGGACUUCUUCCGAGCAUUCAGCCGUAUGGUAGGGCAACGGCAGCAAGCGACCAUGUCCUACCAACCUCAGGCGAACGGUACUUCGGAGAAAAUGGUCCAAACUUCGACCAGGUUUAUCAAGAUGUAUAGUCCGACGUGGGGAAGCAAGACUGGGAUGAGUAUGCUUAAUGCUUGA